AUGGCAGAAUCCCAUACAUCAGAGUCUCUAGAAGACACCGCACUCUCGAGGCCAUCUACUCCUGAAUCUGUUUGGAGGUUGAAGUCACUUCUGCAACAAUUAUUACGAGUAACGAUCCUCGAUGGUCGGAUCUUCCUAGGCACAUUUGUCGGGACAGACCAACAGCUGAAUAUUUUACUGGUGAACUCCGAGGAAUAUCGCAUUGGGCCAGAGUCGGUUGAUGGAGACCCGAAUGGACGCUUCGUCGGGCAGCUGAUGGUGCCCUGGAGGCUGAUCAAGACAGUCGAGGCGUCGACGAACGCUGGGGGAGCUUUGCUAUGUACGCGUGAAGGGGAAAGACGCAAGAGAGUGAAUACUAUCUUCUAUCAGGUUUGCGAAGAGAAUGCCGAUGUGCUUCGCGACACUUGUAGCUCAAGUUUGACUGUGGGGUAUGACUCGUCGACCCUUUCGAGCGUUGCUAUCCAUUACCCUCAUGCCUCGAAGCCUGGAUUGAAGCUUGUUUCGAAACGGUACAGCUUAGCCCACAAGCGCUCCAGCGCUGGACUCACGCUCAUAUUUGCCCACUGUACAGGCGCUCACAAAGAACUAUGGGAGCCUGUCAUCGAGAAUUUACUUCAGCGAGAAGAUAAUACGUCUCUCGCGGUCCGUGAGGCCUGGUCAAUCGACUGGCAGAGUCACGGAGAGGCCGCCGAGUUAAAUGAACACGUCCUCGGGACCGACGCGGAUGGCCUAUCUGUGCAGGAAUGGGCAACAGGAAUACAAGGGCUAAUCAAUUCCAAGCUGCUUGCCGGGCAUCGGCUCGUCUGCAUUGGCCAUUCUGCAGGAGCAACCGCGAUGUUACUUGCCGUCGCCGCUCUACCCCAAGCUGAUACUCGUAUCAAAGGCAUCGUUCUACUUGAACCGUCUCUCAUUACGCGCGAUGAAUUCCACAAGCACCUCCGCGAGCGCACGGCCGCGCUCGAUUUCAUGCAGAAGGCGGUCGCUGGACGGCGAGCGGAGUGGAAUACCAGAGAGGAUGCGAUGCAGUAUUUCAAGAAGCGCAUGCCAUGGAAGAUCUGGGACCCUCGCGUUCUCAAUCUCUUUGUCAGCAGACCUAUGGCCUCAGAGAUGUGCCCGCCAAGGAUCAAGAAUGCACCAGGAAAGUCACAUUGA